UAUGAUGAAAAGUAUGUCAACCAUAUUAGUCACGUGACAAUAGAUUAGUAUUUCCUUUUCUGUUAAAACCAUUCAAUCAAAAGAUAAUUGUUUGGUUCGGCGACCAAAAUGAGGACAAUUCAGGCCAACCAGUUUGUGAAGAUUCCCGAAGGAGUGACGGUCUCCGUGAAGAACCGUGUAGUUCGGGUUAAGGGACCCAGAGGUGAAUUGGUGCGCAAAUUUACCGCACAAUUAGAUAUGCAGAUGAUUGGCAAACGUCGUCUUCAAGUACAGAAAUGGUUUGGCAAUCGUAAAGAGUUGGCCACUGUUAGGACAAUCUGCUCUCACAUUGAAAACAUGAUCGUCGGUGUGACCAAAGGCUAUCUCUAUAAGAUGAGGACAGUCUACGCUCAUUUCCCGAUUAACGUGACCACCAGUCAGGCCAACUCUGUUGUUGAGAUCCGUAACUUUUUGGGUGAAAAGAUUGUGCGCCGAGUGGUUAUGCAGGGAGGCGUCUCGUGUGUCAAUAGUACGGCACAAAAGGAUGAGCUCAUCCUCGAGGGAAAUGACAUCGAAGCCGUGUCUCGAUCGGCGGCACUCAUCCAUCAAUCAACUCUCGUUAAAAACAAAGAUAUUCGAAAGUUUUUGGACGGUAUCUAUGUCUCGGAAAAGACAAAUGUUGUUUCAACCGAAUAAACGCCAAUUGGACUAUGAUUUGUCUUUAUUGUGAAAUUAAAUUUAAAUAAAAAAUUGA